CUGCUAUCAGCCGCCCAUCGCGACAGGGGCUUAGAGAGCGCCAAUCUGCCUCCUUUUCCAGAAGAGACAAGCGCGCCAUCGCACACAAACAUCAUCAUCAUGAUCCUUCUUUCACAAUUAGUCCCACUACCUCAUUCUCCUCUGCUCACACACUCGCUUGAUCUAUGCAUUCUCUUCUUCUAGCAAACUUAUACACCUAAGCUUUUUGUUCAGCCCAUUAUCGCUACCCUCACGCUCGUUUGUCCCUUCAAUCCAACCUUGCUAUCACAAGCCACCUCAGCGUUCAACUUCCUGCAACUGGAACGCCCCACUACUCGUCUGUCAGCCAGGCCUCGUUUCAGAGUGAAGGCAGCUGGACGGCUACACAACAUCUUAAUACCGUCGACCGAGCUGUCGUCGCACUUGUACAAUACCAUGCAGUCAUGAUUUCUACUGCCGACUUCGAUACUGCCCCUCUUGCCCCAAGCUCGCCUCCCGGCAUGACCACAUCGAAAUCUUCAAAGUCUUCCUCGUUUCAAUCCUCCGUUCAUAGCGACGAUGCGAGCGUGUUGGAUGACGUGGGCCACUUCGAAGACAUUGGUCUCGACGAUGACAGUGCCACCCUGAAAUCCACGCGCCAACCAGGCAUGGACAGAAUCACCUCACCGACCACAGCCACAUCGACAACUGCCAGGUCCCUUGUCACGAGUAAACGAACACCCGCGCCCCGAUCGUCCUCACAGUCGAAUCUCCGAUCUACGCUCCAAACGUCAAACCCAAGAAGCACGAGCUUGACGGUACUCACCGAUUCCAUCCAUCCAACAUCGCCCCGGCGGCGCUCGAGCAACAGUAACUUCUCAUCCAGAUCCCAACCCGGUUCCGGGCGACGAAGAAGUCCCAGCCCUCAAAUCUCCUCAAACCCUAGAGACCCGACAUUUCUGCCCAGGCCUCGUAGAGGAAGCUGGCAGUCGAAUCAACGAAAAUCCCUUGCCGAACUCGAGCACGAAUGCGAUGAGGACGAGGACGAUGAUAUUCCGGAUGGCCUCGUUCUUGAUAACGUCCCAAUUUCGCCUCGGCCGCAGCACGAAAGGCCGCCUAGUAGGCAGCCUUCCUUAUCUCCAUCGCCUGAUCGAGGACAGCAGCCCAAGGAGCGCGUACGGAGCGUGGGCAAUGGCACGCCGGCCGUCGCCCAGGCACAAGGCUCACUGAAGUCGCCCAAAUGGAAAGAAGAGGCGGCACAGGUAGACAGGUCGCCCAACCGUCCAGCCCAGACCCGCGCGCACUCGUGGAACGCUGCUUUGGCCCAUCUGAAUGCGGAAGCAAAGGCAUUGACAGAAAAGCUGGAAGAGCAUGCUGAUGAGGAGGAGGAGCGUGCGCGCAGACCAUCUGCAUCAGGCCGUCCGAACACAUGGAAUUCGAUGCAGCGCUCGCACCAAUAUGCCUAUGACAAGAAAGAACGUGUCAAGUCGACCCCCGAGCUCCCACCGCUACGGCGUACCAACGUCAUGAUCGACCCUCUGCCUGUGUCCAAGGAGAAGGAAGCAGUGCUCAGCAGGACUAGGCCGUCAUGGCUGCCACCCAAAGACCCGGCGGAGGAGCGCCGCCACAUUCGAGAGUACCAGAAGAUGAUGGCUGCAAGUGCCAAGGCUGAUGAGCGCCGCGAAGCUGCGCGCCGGUCACGAACCGAGGCCCGGGAAACAACGCUGGAUGGCGCCAUGCAUGCUUGGGAACACGAGGUCAUUCCCAACUGGAACCAGGCGAUUCGCGAACGGAGAACCAGAGAUAUGUGGUGGAAAGGCGUGCCACCGCGCAGCCGCGGCAUCAUUUGGUUGCAAGCCAUCGGCAACGAUCUCGGCUUGACUGAGGCUUCCUUUGAGGCAGCAUUGCAGCGAGCACACGAGCUUGAGUCCAGGGUCAAACAGGACAAAGGCAGCGCAGAAGAUCAUCGCAAGGCACAAUGGUUCACCCAGAUCCGACAGGACGCUGCCCACGACACUUGGCAAGGUCUCCACAUCUUCGAUGUUGAAGGACCCUUGCACGGCAGUCUAGUGGACGUCUUGAUGGCAUAUGCAAUGUACCGCAACGACGUUGGUUAUGUGCAUGGUUGUAAUACUGUCGCUGCUUUACUUUUGCUCAACUUGACGAGCCCCGCAGCUGUCUUUGUCGCCCUCGCCAACAUUCUCAACAGACCACUACCUCUCUCGUUCUGUACCUCCGACUAUGGAGCGCAGUCGUCGGCGUACAAUUACGUGCUCCAGGGUCUGAGUCAGAAGUCGCCGACGUUGCACGAACAUCUUGUGAAGGUGAUCGAGGACGCUGACCCUGGAAUCUACCUGCAACAAGUGUUCGCAAGUAUCUUCACUGCGCAAUUGUCAGUUGACACCGCAGCGCGACUUUGGGACAUAUAUGUUUUCGAAGGUGACAGUCUUCUUGUCCGCGCAGCGGUUGCUAUCCUGCUCGAGAACGAAAUGACUCUUCUGGGGGUGCGGACUGGAACCGAGGUGAAAUCAACAAUUUCGAAAUCUCUGAACCCAGAGCUGAAGGACGAGCCGCCUGCUUUGUCUGCUCCUGGGGCGGAAGAAAAGUUCAUUGCCGCUGUGAAGGCAGCCGGCCGGACAUGAAGAAUAUUUUUGAAAACACUUGGACACUCGCCAAUGACAAAGAGGAGGAUGCACGGUCAUUGAUGGAUCGAUUGAUAAUGUUUUUGUACAUGGACAUGUUGCGAGGAUAGCGUUGAUGAUGUCGCCCGCUCGCUGAGCCUGGACGGCAGGCGAGGCAUGCCGCGCAGACUUGCAUUGAUCUUGGAAUGCGAGCGAUAUGACUUGAUCAUUUUAGGCAAAGGACCAGUAAAUACUUACAUAUGAAAUAUAUCACGACGGACAUGUUAGGAA